AUGGGAAACAGCCUGAGAAAAACGCGAAUGGUGCGCGUACUUCCAGACCCCAACGCCGAGCUCCUGCCGACGGACAGCCGAAUACUCGAAGAACUGGGACAUGGUAGAGGGAGAAGAUAUUUUCAUCCUAAGUAUAGAGAUAUCAUAAACACGAUGCACAUAUUAACCGCUCUUAUCGGCAAUUUUAACAGUCCUUACCGAAAGCUUGGUCGCGCUGGCUUGUUGCUAUGGUUAUUGAGCAUGUCUGUUAACUUCAUGUACGAUGGGUACGAGUCAUGUGUCAAGUAUGGCUACCCGUGGAUAAGUGUGCGAGGCUUGCUUUGGAUCACGUGCUGUUUGGGUACAUGGUUUACCAUUCGUCGCACAAUGCCUUGGUUUGAGCAGAAUCUCUGUAAACUGGAGAAUGACAAGCUCUACAGAAGAGUGUUGCAAGACAUGUCUGGUACAACCGAGGUGCGUGAUUGCCGACUCGUGUGUCUUGCCUAUUUUUCUGUUUGCAGAGUACUAUAGAGAGGAGAAGUGUGACGUCACGUUACUAUGGUAGCAAAAUUUCUGGAUUGCAACAAAAGGUUUAGAUUAGGAAAAGAACCGCAAAAAUUUUCUUUUUCUAAGCUUAGCUUCGGGCCUUUCGGAUUCAACGUGUUCUUUAAAUCUAUAAGAAUGAAAUAGUUCAAAGAUGAGGGCAAAUAGAAUGUUAGCUUCGCAAUUUGCAUCUGUCUUGUCCGAAGGUCCACCGUGUGGCAUAUAGUUUAAAAAAUGGUCUGUGUCGCCACAGCUUUUUAUCCCUGAGAUUUCUUUAUCAUUUAACGAUUCACAGUUUUUGUUGUCCCACAGAAACUGCCGUACUUUCUGGUACUGUUUUCUCUAGCUGCUGGUUCUCUUCAGUAUGGCAUAAUGCGGAGAGACCAAGCAACACAUCUCGCAUUUGGAAAGACACCGCACGUGGUUUUGGGCGUGGUUUUGCACGUGCUGAGAUUUAUUAGCGGUGUGCACGUGUAUUACGCCUUGGCACUAUUCUGGAGCGUGCCCACGUGUGUUAUGCUGAUGGCAGGAUACUCAAUGAUUGAAUACCAAGGUAACAACCGAUGUUGCAACCUCGUCCCUAGGAUUUUUCCAUAUGGAAAAGCCCCAACUAAGAGGUCUCUGAUGUUACAUUAAACACACAACUUUGUCUAACCUGGCCAUGAAAAAGUGCUCUGAAAUUGGCCAGGCGUCUGCUGAAUACCAGGAAAACGAGACCUCUGCUAGCAGGGAAGAAACUGAUUCAUUCAAAAACUUGAAAUCGUUUAAUCAAAUGUUGCCUUUUGAUCUAAUAUCCGGUUACCAAGCCAAUUACAUUGAACUUAUACCAUAACUUAACUCUUAACAAAUCUAGACUAAUUUUAAUCCUAUACACCUUCUAUAGAUAGUUGAUAAUUAAUUGCAAUAGUGCGGUCACAAUUCAGGUUAUUUUUAAAAUUAUUAUGUCGACAGAUCUUACCGCAUCAAGAUUAAAAUUCAAAAGCUCACCCUUAACGCUGAGACAAGCCGUUGAAAGUUACAACGAAAGGGUAAAAUUUGUUCAAGACUCAUCAUCAGCUUGUGUGGUAAGUUUUGAGAGAAAAUCAUGUUGAAACGGUGCCCACGUUUUUCGUUUAGAAAUGGUUCACUAUUGUCAGAAAUUGCCUGUCUUUUAGCGAUCCUUCUUCCUUAAAUCCCAGCUUUUCUCAAUCGAUUUUCUGCUCCCCUUCUUCUCUGUACGUAUCUAUGGUACAUAGUGAGCUGUGUUGUAAUUUGGCAAGAAAGCUGCGCAGAUCAGGAACCCGGCCAUUAAGACUCCUAUAGAAAGAUAGAGGAGCGAAAAACUCACAAUGGCACGAAAUUUACAUCAUAACAUAGAGUAAAGGCCAUUGGUAUUAGCCAAGUCAAGCACGAAGGUGUCGCUUUAACAACGUCAAACAAGGUACAGUGGAGACAUCUUAGUUCAAGGCAUUUUUUUGCCACUCUGUAAGGGCGAAUGGGUACUAAAGUUUAAACGGUGCAAAGAUUUCUGGAGUCGUUUGGGUAGACAAGCGUUACUCAUGAUCGGUUGAUGGUUGCUUUGCCUUGCCUUGCCUUGCCGAACCCAGGAAAUCGCCACGUCCGCUUGUAACAUGGCCAUACUCCCUGGAAUAUAUGAAGUGGAGAAUUACGGCGAAUAGGUAUGGAACGUUCGGUGCAAAGUUUUCUGGGAUUGUCUGGAUGGAAAAGACAUAUACAAACGAUAAUUGAUUAUUGGCCGCCUUUGAAUACUGUCGAUCAAUACUUGUCAACCCAAAAGAUCCCAGAGAUCCCUGCGCUGAGCGCUUGCAUCCAUUCUCUCUGUAAUUAUGAAGUGGUGUAUUUUGAAUGGUUAGUUUAACCUUGCUCAUGAUUACCCUUUGCCACUUUUUUUCUUUAGGUGAUACUUUGUGUUCUGAUUGCCUUCUCUGUCAUAUCAUUAGCUGUAAAUGCGUACGUGUUCCUUUUUCUGCAUCGAUCAUUGUAUCUGUAUAUAGUCCAAGCCCUGCUGCCUCUUGUGUUGGCGACCUACCCUCUGAGUACAGCUUCGUGGGUCACGAAACAAUACCAUUGGUAAGUGACCCGUCACACAACACUCUUCUGAAGGGAGGAGUAGCCUGUAGGAAAGGCCCUUUAAAAUGUUGAUCACUGAACGCUAUCCACUAGAUAAAUCUCUAUCCAGUGGAUAGCCCAGUUAGUUUUCCUAUUACUUAUUCGCUGAAAAUUGAUUUAUUCGAUAGAUACCGCCUUUGAACAAUCAAAUCCAAGCACCAUUUUUUCAAGUUUUUCGGUCAAGACAUGUGCGACGGAAGAAAAAAUAGCGCCCAUUUUGCACGCUAGGGAAGGAGCUUUGUGUUAUAUAUGGGAAAAGCGUAACCUGAGAUCAGGCCCAAUUUUAGUGGUUCUCAUACAUUUUCUCUGACGGCUACCGCUAAAAUUGAUUGUUUUCGUUUCGCCUUGCCUGCCGGAAUGUUAUUUACAAAGCGAAACGAAAAUUGAACCUGAUCUCAGGUUAGGGAAAGUGAUACAAGCGAAGAACGUCACUUAUAAAGUACAACAGCGUUCUUUUGAACUUGAUUGCAAUUAUUCCAAUUCGCCUUUUUUUUAAUGUAGGAUAAUUCUUCUAAGGUUGAAUUCUUCAGGAUGGCAUAUAAGUUUCGAAAAAAGAAAGACAAGUUUUGCUAGUAACGUCCCUCAUAACCUUUUUCAUUAGGAAAAAGCACGCCGUAGUGAUGCGGUGUGACGGUAGAUAAACAUACCAAAAAGUAUUUAACCAAGUGUCGUCGGCUAAAUAAAGAACAGUUUAUGGUUACAGCCUGUACAUGGCUCUGCCGUCUUAUCUGCACCCCACUUGCGCUUAGUUUUGUCGCAGUUUUCAUUCCGACAAGUUAUAAUAAUAAUAAUAAUAAUAAUAAUAAUAAUAAUAAUAAUAAUAAUAAUAAUAAUGAUAAUAAUAAUAAUGGUUUAUUAACAGUGUAUCCACCUAGUGGCUCUUCACUUGUUAAAAACUACAAUAUAAAAAACGAAAAACUAUAAUACACUACAAAAAUAAAAUUGAAUUGAAAUCUACAAUAUAAAAAAAGCAAAAAUAUCGGACUAUAAAAGGAUAUUGUAUAAAAAAUAAAAAUGUUAUAAAGAUUAAUAAUAGUAAUACAACCCUAUAUACAAUUUACAAACUAUUUACAAAUGUUAUUUAAUAGAUAGGCAUCAACUUCCCUACAAUAUACUUGGAAGUCGUGGAUUUACUUUGCACUUUACAUUUCAGGCAUCUUGUUGCGGUAGUCAAAGCUUGGGUCGAGAUCUCUGAUUCAGAUUCCGACUCAGACGACGAGCAACAGCAGAAAACCAUCAGUGCUCAUUCUACGAGAGAAUCAUCAGCAGACCGCCAUGAACUGUGGGCUCCACAGAGUCCUCUCCGAAUUCACAUGCCCGAUACAGGUCACGUGAUCGUGAGACCAUACAAUCAAGAUGAAGUCAAGAGGCUUGGGAAUAUAUUUUCUGGAUCCGCUCGAUUUAUUGGAAAGCUUCAGCAAAAGAGGACGCGGUCGAAAUUUCAAUUCGAAAAAUACAUCACCUACCUAGAAAAGGUUUCUCGAAAUGUUGGCUUUUCUAUCGGGGUCGUGCUGGUGACCUGGGACCUAGUUUCUACUGUAUUUUUCUUUUUGAUCUCUUUGAUUGCGUUGUUUGUUCAGGAGUCCAUAUUUGGGAAGACAAAGAGCACUAUUUCAAUAUAG